AUGGACAAUCUAAUGAUGUUCAAACCACCUGAACACUUUGAAUUUCCACCACCGGAUUAUGACUCGAAAAGCCAACUCUUCACCUUAAGUGUCCAUUUUAGGGGACAUUUCCAUACUAAUGGUGGGGAAAAGAAGUACAUCGGUGGGGCAGCUUACAAGUUCGACUUCGUCCAAGAAGGUGUGAUGUCUUUAGAAGCACUUCACAGGCUGGCAAUUAGAGAGAAAAUGGAGGGGACCAUUACUUACUGGGGAAAAACAGAGGAAUUACUUGUUUUCAUGAAAGGGGCUAUAAAUGGUUCUAGAGAGUUCAUUAUUUAUUUUGAUAAUGGGGUUAAGUGUCUCACAUGUGAUGAAGACUGUAAUGAUUGGGAGAUAGAUGAUGAAUCAUUGGCAAAUUAUGACUAUGAGGCUGAGGUGGGAGUUAAGGUUAGUGGGCAGUAUGAAAGAAAGGAUUUUGAAGCUGAGGUGGGAGUUAAGGCUGGUGGGCAGUGUGAAAGAAGGGACUGUGAGCCUGAAUUGGGUGGUAAAAAUGAUGAGGGAGAUGGUAGUGGUGAGAGUGAUAAUAGUGAAGACAUUGACUUUGAGUCUAAUUCUGAAGAAUGUGAUAAUGAAGAUGAUGAUCUUAUAUUCACUGAACACAUAGACUCUGAUGUGGAGUGGUGUGAUAACAAUACAUCACUCCAUGUUGGAGCUUCUGAAGAAGAUGAAGAAUUAGGUGAUGCAGAUGUGGUGGAAAGAAAGGCCACAACUGUGAAUGAUUUUAUAAGGAGGAUGUCUGAUGUGAGACAACUAGAUGAGAAGGCCUAUGACUGGCUUAGAAACAAGCCUCCUGCCCAAUGGAGUAGAUUUCAUUUUAGCACAUUGGCUAAAAAGCCCAAGCUUAUCGUCAAAUGUCUCUUCUAUUACGAAGACCGCCUGGCCGCGAAGCUUAUCCCCUUGUUAAACAAUCUUUAUGAGACCUUUAAUGGGAACAUUUUGGAGGCUAGACAAAAAACCUAUUCUAACUAUGCUAGAAAUGAUUAA